GGCCUAUUGUUCGCCCAACCUGCCUGCCUGAAGACGCCGACGGAUAUAGUGCGCCUGUGGAUCCAUGAGGCCCAACGCGUCUACUCCGACAAGAUGACCGAAAAGUCAGACAAUGAAACCUUCCAGAAGUUGAUGCAAAAGAUUGUCAAGAAGACUUUCUUCGACAUGCCGGACGAUGUCCUCUUCCGCCAACCCCUGCUCUACUGUCAUUUUGCCCAGGGGAUCGGCGAGCCGCUGUACAUGCCUGUUGCUGACAACGCUGCCAUCACCAAGAUCCUCACAGAUACCCUGGAGAACUACAAUGAACUGAACGCCGCCAUGAAUCUGGUCCUGUUUGAGGAUGCAAUUGCACACAUUCUGCGUAUUAAUCGCAUUCUCGAGGCACCCCGAGGCAACGCCCUUCUCGUUGGCAUCGGUGGCUCUGGGAAGCAGUCGCUCUCUCGACUGGCUGCCUUCAUCAGUUCACUGGAGGUCUUCCAAAUUACCCUCCGCAAGGGUUAUGCUAUUUCAGAUCUGAAGGCCGAUAUUGCUGUCCUCUACCAGAGAGCAGGUCUGAAAAACAUCAGCUCGGUAUUCCUCCUCACUGAUGCGCAAAUCGCCGAUGAAAAAUUCCUGGUCCUCGUGAACGACUUGCUCGCUUCAGGCGAAGUUCAAGACCUCUUCCCGGACGAUGAGGUUGAAACCAUUCUCAGCGCUAUGCGUGGCGAUGUGAAGGUAUCAGGCCUGAUGGACACCCGCGAGAACUGCUGGUCCUUCUUCAUAGAAAAGGUGCGACGAAUGCUCAAGGUCGUGCUCUGUUUCUCGCCGGUGGGUUCCACGCUGCGUGUCCGUGCACGACGCUUCCCUGCCCUGGUCAAUUGCACCAGCAUUGAUUGGUUCCACGAGUGGCCUGUGGAGGCCCUCCUCUCGGUUUCCUACCGCUUCAUUUCCGGUGUGGAGUUACUGAAUCCUGCACUCUACGAGUCUGUCUCUAACGAACGUCGUUAUAAUUACACCACCCCGAAGUCCUUCCUGGAGCAGAUUAAGCUGUAUGAGAGUAUGCUGCGCAAACAGCAUGGCAGCCUGGAGGGCAAAAUGCAGCGUCUGGAGAACGGUCUAGAGAAGCUGGAAAGCACCUCCCAGCAGGUGGACGACUUGAAGGCCAAGUUAGCCGCUCAGGAGGUGGAUCUGGCGGAAAAGAAUGAGGAGGCAAACAAGCUGCUGGCCAUUGUGGGUGCUGAAACGGAAAAAGUGAGUGGGGAGAAGGCCAACGCGAAUGCUGAGGAAGAAAAAGUGGCAAAAAUAAAGAUUGAGGUGUCGCGAAAACAACGCGACUGCGAACAAGACCUGGCAAAGGCUGAGCCCGCCCUGUUAGCCGCCCAAGAGGCUCUCAACACCCUGAACAAGGGCAAUCUGACGGAAAUGAAGUCGUUUGGUUCGCCCCCGCCAGCUGUGGUCCGCGUAGUCGCCGCUGUCAUCUGCCUCCUUGCACCCGGCGGGAAGGUGCCCAAAGAUCGCAGUUGGAAGGCAGCAAAAGCCGGCGUAAUGAGUAAGAUUGACCAAUUUCUGGAUAACCUCAUUAAUUACGAUAAGGAGAAUAUUCACGAAAACUGUCUCAAGGCGGUCUCUGAGUACCUCAAAGAUCCGGAAUUCGACCCUGACCUUAUCCGCACAAAGUCCCUCGCAGCUGCAGGUUUGUGUUCCUGGACUAUUAACAUUGUCCGUUUCUACGAGGUCUACCUGGUGGUCAAGCCUAAACGUGAUGCUCUGGCUGAAGCGAAUGAGGAGCUGCGUCUGGCUACGGAGAAGUUGGAUGCUGUUCGGACGAAGAUUGCCGAUCUGGAGGCAAAGUUGCAGAAACUAACUGAUGAAUUUCAGGCAGCCGCGGAGAAGAAGAGAAAGUGUCAGGAAGAGGCGGACACGACCUUCAAGACGAUAGAACUAGCCAAUCGGCUGGUGGGGGGUCUCGUCUCCGAGAAUGUUCGCUGGUCUGCACAGGUUGAGCAGUUUAAAAGCCAGGCGAAAGAUCUGCCCGGAAAUGUGCUAGUCACCGUGGCCUUCCUGUCCUACCUGGGUUACUUUACGAAGAAGUACCGAAAUGAUCUCAUGUACACCCAUUGGAUGCCCUAUCUGACCUCGCUGGAGCCACCAAUACCAAUUAGCUCAGAUAUUGAUCCCUUGAGCCUGUUAGUUGAUGAUGCUGUGGUGGCGUCGUGGAAUAAUGAAGGCCUCCCGAACGACCGAAUGUCGAUUGAGAAUGCUGCCAUCCUGACUUCUGCUGAACGCUGGCCUUUGAUCGUUGAUCCUCAGCUGCAAAGUCUCAAAUGGAUCAAGACAAGGUAUGGUGACGACCUCAAAACAGUGAAUUUGGGUCAGAAAGGCUACCUGGACGUUAUCGAGCGAACAAUCACCCUAGGUGGCAUGUUGCUUAUUGAAAAUAUCGGUGAAUUCAUUGAUCCCGUCCUUGAUCCUCUUCUAGGUAGAAAUACCAUCAGAAAGGGUAAAGCCAUCCGACUGGGUGACAAAGAGGUCGACUACGAUCCCAACUUUAAACUCAUUUUGCACACUAAACUGGCUAACCCUCACUAUAAACCGGAGAUGCAAGCUCAGACAACCCUCAUAAAUUUCACAGUCACCAUCGAUGGUUUAGAAGACCAACUUCUGGCCAAUGUCGUCAGUAAAGAGCGGCCUGAUCUGGAAAAACUGAAAGCUGAUCUCACGCGCCAACAGAACGAAUUCAAGAUUACUCUGAAGACUCUGGAGGACUCGCUGUUGGCCAGACUCUCGGCGGCAGAGGGCAAUUUCCUCGGUGACUAUGCUCUGGUCGAAAAUCUUGAAUCCAACAAGCGCACUGCCAUUGAAAUUGAGGAGAGGGUCGGCAAGGCGAAGACGACAGAGAGUGAAAUAAACGAGGCUCGUGAACUUUACCGCCCGGCGUCAGAACGUGCUGCUUUGCUCUACUUUAUCUUGAACGAUCUGAACAAAAUCAAUCCAAUCUACCAGUUCUCUCUGAAGGCCUUCAGCAGUGUCUUUGACGUCGCAAUGGACCGAGCUACCCCUGCCGAGGAUGUAAAAGAGCGCGUAGUCCAUAUAAUUAACUCCAUCACUUACUCCGUCUACGUCUAUGUGUCGAGAGGACUCUUCGAAAAGGACAAACUGCUCUUCACUUCCCAGAUGGCCUUCCAGAUACUCCAAGCAAAGAAGGCCGUUCAGCCCAGUGAGCUGAAUUUCCUGCUUCACUUCCCAGUGAUUCCAGAUGUCACCAGUCCUCGCUGGAAGAAACUUGUGGAGAGUGAAACGCCCGAAAAGGAACGCCUUCCGCAGGAAUGGAAGAACAAGUCAGAUAUCCAAACGUUGUGCAUCCUGCGUGCCAUCCGUCCAGAUCGCAUGAUCUACGCCCUGUCAGACUUUGUCCGGAAGAAUUUGGGCAGCGUCUUUGUGGAGGGUAGCAGCCAGGAGGCGAUAGCCGAGGCCACCAUGGAGCUGGCGGCCAGGGAGGGCCAUUGGGUUGUGCUACAGAACAUCCAUCUGGUUGCCAAGUGGUUACCAACCCUUGAAAAGCGUCUAGAAGAAUACGGCUCCACUGGACAUGCGGACUACCGUGUCUUCAUUAGCGCCGAGCCGGCCUCAUCGCCCGAGCAUCAUAUAAUCCCACAGGGUAUUCUGGAGAAUGCAAUAAAGAUCACCAACGAACCACCCACCGGUAUGCAGGCUAACCUGCACAAGGCACUGAAUAACUUUUCACAGGCUACCCUCGAAAUGUGUUCCAGGGAGAAUGAAUUCAAGACCAUCCUGUUUGCCCUCUGCUACUUCCACGCGGUGAUUUGUGAGAGACGCAAGUUCGGUCCACAGGGCUGGAACAGAUCCUAUCCCUUCAACAACGGUGAUCUGACCAUCAGUGCAAAUGUCCUCUACAAUUACCUUGAAGUGAACAACAUCGUGCCCUGGGAGGAUCUGCGUUACCUCUUUGGGGAGAUAAUGUACGGUGGGCACAUCACCGAUGACUGGGAUCGUCGUCUCUGCAAGACCUACUUGGAGGAAUACCUGGCCCCAGAAAUGCUCGACGGAGACCACUUCCUGUCACCCGGCUUCAAGACUCCCACCAACACCGACAUGAAGGGCUACCAUGCGUACAUCGAUGAGGGCCUGCCGGCAGAGUCGCCCUACCUCUAUGGACUGCAUCCGAAUGCGGAGAUCGAGUUUCUCACGACAACCUCCGAGAAACUCUUCCGUACCCUGCUGGAGUUAAUACCAAAGGGUGUGGAACAGGGUGAGGGAACUGAGUGUGAACGCAUGAAUAUCCUGCUGAAGGAGAUCUCACGUUCCCUGAAGGAAGUAAGUCUUGGUCUUAAGGGUGAACUGACAAUUUCAGCCGAGAUGGAGACCAUAUCCAAUUCUCUGUAUCUGGACAUUGUGCCACCGAGCUGGGUGAUUCGUGCCUAUCCCAGCCUUCUGCCCCUGGGAUUGUGGUAUGCCGACCUGUUGGCGCGCAUCAAGGAGCUGGAUAUGUGGACAGGUGACUUCCAGCUGCCAGCCGCAGUCUGGCUGGGUGGACUUUUUAACCCACAGUCCUUCCUGACAGCCAUUAUGCAGCAAAUGGCCAGGAAGAAUGAAUGGCCACUGGAUCGCAUGGUGCUUCAGGUAGAUGUCACCAAGAAGUCCCGGGAGGAACUGGUGACCCCGCCGAGGGAUGGGGCCUAUGUGUACAACCUCUUCCUCGAGGGUGCGCGAUGGGAUAUGCAAACGGGACCCACGUUCGUGUGGGUGUUCAAUUUGAAAACCAAGGAAAGGGCUGCUAAGUGGGUGCUGCGGGGUGUUGCCAUUCUUCUGCAGGUCUAA